UGGCGCCAAACAGGAAGCCUUUACAAAGUGUUAGGUGAAUGCUUCAAGUUCUUUGGAUCCUUUCCAUUUUGCAAAACUACACGCCCACAGGGAUUUCACUGGGACUUGUUACUGCAGUCAAAUAAAAUAAAUGUUACCAUGAGAGGAGCACUUCAAUGAAAGAAACUAUUAACCUACAUAAACUAAUUACGCAUCAGCAGAGAAGUUUCCAACAUUUAAUGCCGCGGCCACAAGGGAUUGAAAAAUAAUCCCCAAAGGAAACACCUAUGCAUUCUUACGCUAUUAAUUUUGAUCCAGUUUCAGCAUCUGGAGGUGAAUGCUCCUACAUGCCAGUUACGCAUAUCUGAAGGAUGGAAAGUUCUCUUGGGGAAAAUCAUGGCUGCUGCUAUUUGUCUGGGAGUAGUACCCUGUUGUUGAAAAAGCUGAGAACCCUUUCAGCAGUUAAGAAAGCCCGGUCACGCACCCUGUUUAUGUGGGUUUUGAACAAUUCUUCCAACCUUUGCCUCUCCUUUGUACAAUCGGCAAGCAGCCCUUUAGCAACAGGAUGCGAGUUUUGGGUGGAAAGCCAGGAACCGGCCCAUUUCCUAACGUGUCACCCAGCUUCCUCCUGCCCUUAUUGAGCGCAAAGGAAGCUACCGGGACAUACCCUACCGUGAGACCCGCUUUUCCCCGACUCAGAAGCAGGCCGUCAAUGCAGUUGCACAGGUUACGCUGCUGACGAUGCCUGGAAGAGGCGCAGAGGUCUGCAGAGAGGGAGAGUACUUGUAUGAACGUAGCUGCUGCGUGCUGUGCCCGGCAGGUACUUACGUUGUUCAGCACUGCAAGACUCCGCAUUCAAUGGGAAUAUGUGACUCUUGCACCGAAGGGAAAGGUUACACUGCCCAUGCGAAUGGCUUGGAAGAAUGCUUGCUAUGCAGACAGUGCAAAGACGACCAAAUAACUCUGAGAACCUGUACUGUGACAAGUGACACUGAAUGCCAGUGCAAACAGGGAUACUUCUGCCCUGCUGAAGGCUGUGAAAUAUGUCAGAGAUGCAGUCAAACGUGCCCAGAAGGGAAAGAAAUUGUGCAGACUUGCAAUGCUACAAUGGACCUAGGAUGUGGCUUACCUGAUCAAGGAAAUGGAUAUCUUACUUGGGUGACUGCAAUAAUUUUGUUUGCUGUUGUUGUUGUUGCUGGUUUGCUUGUGUUCUAUACAAUAAGGAAGUGUAAGAGCAAUAAAGCUACUUUACCUGACAAAGAAGAGAGAGGCCUGGCAUACGAAGAUAGUACGCUUUUAUCAGAAGUGAAGAUAACUGAAAAUAAUGCAUCCCAUCCAGAUAGUGAGAACUCUGGUGAGAGCCCAGAGGGCCAAGUGUGCACUGGUGCUAAUUUGGAAGUGAAAAGCACAUCUCCAGAGGAAAACAGUGCUGUGUCUUAUGAGAGAGGCAUCAUCCCACAGCAGAACUUGUGGUGCCAAGCACAGGAAUGCUGGAAGAGGAUCAAAGACUGUUCAUCAUCUACAAAAAAUAGGCGUAAUCCUACUUUUCAAUCAAAUGCCCAACGUAAAGUAAGGGGUGUUAGGAUGCCAGCAUAUCGUAUGGUACAAGAGCAAAAGUAUCAAAUAAUUGUUAAAGAUCUCACUCAAAAAGAACAGAGAGAUUGCUUUCUUGCUUUUAUAAAGGAAGUACCAGUGACAAAAUGGAGAAAGUUUAUGAGAACUCACCUGGAGGAAAAUGUUAUUGAUAAAAUUAAGUAUAACUGGCCUAGUAACAUAGAUGAGCAAUCUUAUCAGAUGCUUCUCAUCUGGAAAAACACACUGGGGGAGAAACAAUGUAUUAUUAAGUUACUGGAUGAGCUAUGGGAUAUAGAUACCAGAGCUUACAGUAGUAUAGUCAGCACUUUAACGAGUAAUAACAUUAUAAGUAAAAUAGAAGCUACAGAUUAACAUUUCCAAUGAACUUCAGAAAUGUUCCUGUAUGUAUAUAGGAAGUUUGUAUAAAUAAUAUUGUCAUAACCUGCUGGUACCAAUGGCAGUAUGGAUGUGAUGCCCUCCUUACCUGCACACAGGGGCUGGAAGUGGUUUACGACAGCCUGUGCUGAAUUGUGACAAGACUCCAGCAGCAAUAUUCACUCUUUUUUUGAGUUGUACAAUGUGAAACUCAGGUACCAAGGCUUCAGUUUGCCUUUCCUUUGUGAAGCUGUGAGGGAAGAUGCUGCCUUUCCUGUGCUCUGCAGGGCCGAGUGCCUGCUGCAGUUUUUGACUGAACUGCCUUAUUUUUGUUUACGAGAUAAUCGCAUUUCAUUUGUGGUGGGAGCACGUGGCAUGCGAAGCGUUCCGUUCAAAGAGCGGUAAUAAAAACUCAGUGAAGACAAA